CCUCUGCCCGAUUAACUUGGAAGCUCGAACUGCAAAUUAGCCCAAGCGCAGCGGCCGUCAAAGGGCAGCGCUCGUAGCGACAACGACAACAGCGGGAGCAGCUUCAGCCACAAACAAUAGCAGCGGCAGCAGCGGCAGCAGCAGCAGCUUUAGCAGCAGCGAGCACCACACGAGAAGGAGGCGUGCGAGGCAGGUGGCAACACCCCCCCCCCCCCCAGCUACUCCCACGUGGCCGUCAGCAUGAGCGAGUCGGGUGCCAUGCCCGCGGAGACGGGGAGCGCGGCUCCCCGGCGCUCCAUCGACUCCCCCAUGAGACGCAUGGUGAAGAAUUGCUUCGCGUGCCGCAUCGUGUCGGGCACGGGGUUCGUCGCAGCCGGGGCCUACGUCUACUUGAUCGGGCGACGCGCCGCCAAGUGCAGCCCCGUGGUCGGGUUCGGCUCCAUCACCCAACUCGCCUUCGGCUGCGGUCUCUUCGCCAUGGGGGUGGUGAUUCUCGUGGACCCUGUGGACAGGAUGAUCAUCACAGAGAGGCCCAAGAGCAAUUGACGCAACCUCCUUGUGCGAAACAACAGCGUCAUUGCUGCACGGGAUGGCGACUCGGCAUUUCUGCCAGACAGUGGCAUCCAUCCCAAGUUGCUGGGAAAACAGUGAUGUUAAGUAAACUGUAAAAUAAACUGUCGGUGCAAGUCACAUGUAGGCAGGUGAGGAAUGUCCGCCUUGUGGAUCGCUGCUUAAGCAUGAUUGCCUAUUGGCUCAGCCCGAGACGCAGCGGUACAUCAGACUUGUGGUCUUUCUCCAACCUGUGAAUUAUACGCCCAUGUGUUCUCGUUAUGUGACGGGGUGCUGAGCGACUAUGAGGGUGUUUGUGGUCAGUGGUUUUAUGCGAGGCUUAAUAUUUUCUCUGCUAUCGAAUCUGGUGGCUGCCAUCACUGCUGUCACCAAUGCUGCCAUCCUUUAUCCUCUGCUGACUCCUUGACCCUGUUCUGGUCGAGAGUCGAGCCCUAUCUCUUUUUAUUUGCCUAUGGCUGUUGAGUAUGUAAAAUAAAUAUGUGCCGUUUUCCACGGAUGCCGAUGUCCA